CCGAGGCGGAACUGUCCUAACUUUGACUGGAAGAAGCUGUUUAGUGGGAAGUAUAGUAACUUGGGCGGGCAAUCGCGAACUUUUUACUGUUCUGAAGAUGGGGGAAGAAUGUGAUCAGUUACGAAAACACUUGAAAGAGAAUGGUCAGGAGCAUCUGAUGAAAUUUUAUGACACGCUAUCGCAGGAUCAACAGUUGGCGUUUCUCCGCGACCUUCAAAGCAUCGACUACCCGAAGAUGAAACUCGCGUUCGAGAAGACGACGGCUGAGGCGACAACUCUACAAAAGAAGGACGAAAAUUUGCGGCCAGUUCCUCCAGAGCAGGUUGGCAGUGUCAUCGGAGCAGAAAACCAAAACAGUGUCGCCAUCUGGAGAAAUCAAGGACUGCAAGCAAUAAGCGAAGGUAAAGUCGCUGUACUACUUCUUGCUGGUGGUCAAGGUACUCGGUUGGGAGUUAAUUUUCCGAAGGGAAGGUACGAUGUCGGUUUACCAUCAGGGAAAACCCUCUAUCAGCUGCAAGCUGAGAGGAUCUUGAAACUGCAGGAGCUGGCUUACGAACACACUGGAGGUGGAGCUACGAUUCCAUGGUACAUCAUGACCAGUGAACAUACAAUGGUUGACACAGCAGAGUACUUCCAGAAUCACAAAUAUUUUGGACUCCAAGAAGAUGACGUGAUUCUCUUUGAGCAGCAUACCCUUCCAUGUUUCACCUUUGAAGGUAAAAUCAUUCUUGACCAACCUGGUAAAGUUUCCAGAGCUCCUGGAGGAAAUGGGGGCUUGUAUGAAGCUCUUCAUGAGAAUUGUCACAUUGACAAGAUGCGAGAACGUGGAAUAGAGUAUGUCCAUGUCUAUUGCGUUGAUAAUAUCCUGGUCAAGAUGGCGGAUCCUGUUUUCAUUGGAUUUUGUAUUGACAAGUCAGCAGAAUGUGGUGCUAAGGUUGUAGAGAAGAAAAGGCCCGAGGAGAGGGUAGGGGUAGUUGUCAAAUGCAAUGGGAAAUAUCAGGUUGCAGAGUACAGUGAAAUCUCUGAAGAGCUGCAGAAGAAAAGGGACCCUGAUGGAAAACUUACUUUUCGUGAAGGAAACAUUUGCAACCACUUCUUUACCAUUGACUUUUUGGAAAAAAUUGUCAAAGAGCUUGAGCCAUCCCUAAAAUAUCACAUUGCUGAGAAGAAGAUUCCAUAUGUUAAUGACAGUAGGAAACGGAUUGAGCCUGAUAAACCCAGUGGAAUAAAACUGGAGAAGUUUGUCUUUGAUGUUUUUGAAUUUGCAGAAAAAUUUGCUGUCUUAGAAGUUGCCAGAGAAGACGAAUUCUCUCCUCUCAAAAAUAAGAAAGGUUCACAAACAGACAGCCCAGAAACAGCUUUAAGGGACUUGCUAAAUUUGCAUCAUAAGUACAUAAUCAAAGCUGGGGGAACAUUUGCUGACAGCACAAAAGACGGUUCUUCACUUUGUGAAAUAUCUCCCCUUCUCUCUUAUGCCGGAGAGGGAUUGGAAGAAGUAGUGAAAGGCAAGCAGUUCUCAGCAACAAAGACUAUUCAUCUGAAAGCUGAGAGUGAGGAAGGAAAAAAUGGAGAGCUACCAUGCAAGAACGUCAAGGAGGGUUAAAAAUAUAUGCUGGUCAUAGGAAUCUUUCAAUUGCUGAAAAAUUUUAUUUUCAUUUCAUUAUAGUUACAGGGGUUUCAUUAAGGGCCUGGGCACCAGACAAAUUGACCAGUUGUGAGAAGGUUUUUGCCCACCUGGUUUGACCAUCUGUAGGAAAGUUUAUCUUAUAACGAAGUUCAGUUCAAAAAGUUUUGCCCGCCUUUGA